AGUGCUUGAUCUAGACUUGAGAGAGAAUAGUUAGCAACAUGGAUCGCUGGAAAGGCAGAGUUGCUCUUGUCACUGGAGCUUCAGUAGGAAUAGGAGCUGCAAUCGCAAAAGCUCUUGUCCAGCAUGGCAUGAAGGUGGUCGGAUGUGCCAGAAAUGUGGAGCAAAUAGAGAAACUGGCGGCUGAAUGUGUCAGUGGCGGAUACAGCGGUGCUCUGUUUCCAUAUAAAUGUGAUCUUUCAGUAGAGGAUGAAGUUUUGUCCAUGUUCUCCUGGAUUAAGGCUCAACAUAAGGGUGUUGAUGUGUGCAUUAAUAAUGCUGGUUUAGCUCUGCCAGAGCCUCUGUUGAACGGCAAAGCCAGCGGCUGGAGGACUAUGAUGAACGUGAAUGUAAUUGGCCUGUCAUUGUGCACCCGUGAGGCUUUCCAGUCCAUGAAAGAAAGAAAUAUUGAUGAUGGCCAUAUCAUUAAUAUUAACAGUAUGUCUGGGCAUCGGGUUGUAAACAGUGCCUAUACACACUUCUACACCGCUACUAAAUACGCAGUGACUGCUCUCACCGAAGGUUUGAGGCAAGAGUUACGAGAGGCCAAAACCCACAUACGUGCCACAAGUAUAUCCCCUGGUUUAGUGGAGACAGAAUUUGCCUACAGACUCUUUAGUGAAAACCAAGACAAGGCUUCUGCCACCUACAAAAGUAUAAAGUGCCUGCAGCCAGAUGAUCUAGCAAAUGCAGUGGUUUAUGUCCUAAGUGCUCCUCCUCAUGUUCAAAUUGGUGACAUUCAGAUGAGACCUGUGGAACAGCUGACAUAACCAGAUACAGUGUUCAGAUUUCCUGCCUUAUUAAUCGUCCUGAAAGCUUUUAGAUGGUUUAAUCUUGUUACACAUUUUAAAUGUAGAGCUGACAGAAACAAUAUCCUCGUGAAAGAUCUUUUUCACUCCAAAUCUUAUGAAAUGCAAGAACACUUUUGUGACUGACUAUGAAAUUUUAUUCAUUUAUUUUGUUUUCGGCUUUGUCCCUGUAUUAAUCUGGGGUCACCACAGCGGAAUGAACCUCCAACUUAUCCAUCACAUUUUUUUUUUUACACAGCGGAUGCCCUUCCAGCUGAAACCCAUCACUGAGGAACAUCCUUACAAACUCAUACACUAUGGACAAUUUAGCCUACAAAAUUCAUGUCUUUAGACUCGUGGCGGAAACCGGAGCAUCCGAAGGAAAUCCACUUGAACACGGGAGAACAUGCAAAUUCAACACAGAAACACCAACUGACCCAACCGAGGCUUGAACCAGCGACCUUCAUGCUGUGAUGCGAAUGUGCUACCCACUGCAUCGCCCACCAUGAAAUUGACAUUUUAUUAUUAUUUUAGUGAUUUUCAUUAAUUGUAUUAUACAAUUUUUAUAUACAAUUUGUAAAAUUAUUCUUGGUGCAACAAUUAAAUCAUCAGUAAUUUGCC